UCCUAGAAAUCCAGCCCUUCUGCCCUCCGGAGGCGCCUUUCCCAACGUAAAGUACAUCUUUAAAUUUAAGCUCCUGACUAAAAUAAGGCUCCGCAGCCCUCAGCUAGGGAAGCCGGGCGCCCGCGCCUCUGGAGGGUGCAGCGGGGUGUAGGGCGCAAAGGAGCGGCUUCGGAAGUGGGUCUGGCCCCUGCCAAGAACCGGGAACCGUCCCCGGCCCGCUAGCGGCCCGCGUACUGGGGAUCGCAGCCAUGGUCUUAUAGUCUUAUACAUGCAAGGACAAUCCUCAAUACGUGAAAUUUGUUUGUCUUGGAAUCUUCCCUUUUUUAUUUCAUUCAACUGACUUAACAGGGUUUCAAGAGCAGCAUUUAUAAAUUUCCAGAAUGGAGAUCUCCUCACACCAGUCUCACCUGCUGGAACAGCUGAACGAGCAGCGCAGGCAAGAUGUAUUUUGUGAUUGCAGUAUUUUGGUUGAAGGAAAGGUCUUCAAAGCACAUCGAAAUGUAUUAUUUGCUAGUAGUGGCUACUUCAAAAUGCUUCUUUCUCAGAAUUCAAAGGAGACCAGUCAGCCAACCACAGCCACAUUUCAGGCGUUCUCCCCUGACACUUUCACAGUUAUCCUGGACUUUGUCUAUUCCGGCAAACUGUCACUUACUGGGCAGAACGUCAUUGAAGUGAUGUCUGCCGCCAGCUUCCUUCAGAUGACUGAUGUCAUUGGUGUAUGUAAGACUUUUAUUAAAUCUUCCUUGGACAUUAGUGAGAAAGAAAAAGAUCGCUAUUUCAGUCUCUCAGAUAAAGAGGUCAAUUCCAAUGGUAUAGAACGUUCCUCUCUUUAUAGCAGCAGCUGGCAAGAAGAAAGCAGUUCUCCACAUUCUCACCUCAGCCCAGACCGGGGAACAGGCGGAAUAAGUGGAAAGUCAUGGAGUGAGUGUAAUUACCAUCCAGCCUCCCAGAGGAAUACUCAGCAACCUUUGGCCAAGCAUGGAAAAGAUUCCAUUAAGAAAGCCAAACAUUUGAGAUUAUCACAGCCUUCUGAAGUUACUCAUUUUAAGUCAAGCAAACGAGAAGCACGAACAUCCGAUUCUUCCAGCCAUAUCUCCCAAUCUGAAGAACAAACACAAAUUGAUGCUGAAAUGGACUCUGGUCCUGUAGGCUAUCAGUAUGGUCAAGGAUCUGAUGUCACAUCCAGGAGUUUCCCAGAUGAUCUUCCCAGGAUGCAGUUCAAGUGCCCAUACUGCACACAUGUGGUGAAGCGGAAGGCUGACCUCAAGCGCCACCUGCGCUGCCAUACGGGAGAAAGGCCCUAUCCGUGUCAAGCUUGUGGGAAAAGGUUCAGCAGGCUCGACCAUCUAAGCAGCCAUUUCCGAACAAUUCACCAGGCAUGCAAACUAAUCUGCAGAAAAUGCAAACGCCACGUGACUGACUUAACAGGGCAAGUUGUACAGGAAGGAACCAGGCGCUACAGACUGUGUAAUGAGUGCCUUGCUGAAGUUGGCAUAGACAGCCUUCCCAUUGAUUUGGAAUCUGAGCAGCAUCUCAUGUCCCCAUCAGAUGGAGAUAAGGAUUCUCGGUGGCACUUGAGUGAAGAUGAGAAUAGAUCCUAUGUGGAGAUUGUAGAGGAUGGGUCUGCCGAUCUGGUCAUACAACAGGUUGACGAUAGUGAAGAAGAAGAAGAAAAGGAAAUAAAGCCCAACAUUAGUACUGGGGAGCGAACUCAGGACCUUGUUCUUACAAGGCAGGUACAGUGCCACUGGGCUGAAUCCCGGCCUUUCAUAACUGUUUCUAGCAAGCAGCAAACUUGGAUCCGGAUCCCCACAAAACAGCUACCGAGUUUACCAGACAGAGCAUGUGUUCUAUCAUUUCAGCAUCCUAAAAAACACUUAAGACAUGGUUAGAAGCUCAGCAGCUGCGGGCUAAGCUCUAAAUUGGAGCUCAUCAGGUUAGAGACUCCAUGAGCCUUUCCCCAGAAGUCUUCCAGCACUUGGAGCUCAACUUUGAAAACAGUGGAACCAGAUAACUUCUUGAAUUCCUCUGAGCAUCACAGUUUCACUUCAUUUCUCCUGUUAUUCACUGUGUUUAUAAGCAGGUAAAUACAUAGGGCUCUCUGUGAAGUAAAUCACACCCUUAGCAUGUGAUCUUCCUUCUAUAAUAAUUAAAUCAUGAGACUUAAGAGUAAAAGUUUUCAUAUUUUUGGUUUUAUAUUUUUGAGUAAUACACUCAAAACAAACAUAGUUAUUGCUUAUUAUGUGACCAUGUUACUGCUUAUGGAUUAAAAGAGUUUGGUGUUUCAAUUUUUUAAGUCCUAGAAUUAACAGUAUGGAAAACACUCAAAACAGUACAGCAUAAGAUGUUUUUAACUGAAAGGGUGAAAAUAACAAGUACAGAAAGAUCAAACUGUAUAUUUUACAUGGAAAGUCUUAUGUUAUAUUAGAGUGUAUCAGUAUUACUACUUAUUAUUUAUAUGGCAUUUAAUAUUUGCAAAGUAUUUGAUUAUAUCUUUCCGUACAUAUCUUUAAGUAGGACAGUUAUCACACGUGAAAGGUGAAGAAAUGGAGGCAUGAAACAGUUAAACAACCUACAUAAGAUAGCUGGGGAAACAAUGGCAAACAGAAGCUCAAGGACCAGAUUUUCUGAAUCCAGGAUAUCAGCUUAAUUCACUGAGCUGUACUAUGUAUCACUCUAUUUUAUAAGAUGCUUUUAUACAACUAACCAUCAAUUGUUUUAAAGUUAAUUGUUUAGUCAUUGUAUGUGGACAAAUCCUAUACAGAAUAAAUGUUAUGUAAAGGAUGUGACUUUAGUUAUAGAGUGUUGAUGGUAAAAUUCAGGUUAUUACAGAAAUGGCAGCAUUGGGCCAGCUGUUUUAUAUGUUGUGAUGUAUACUUAAUAGCUUAUAAUACAGGAAUAUCUUUACUGUUCAUGGACCAGAAAAAUGAAAUCCACAGGUGAUCUAUAAACAUCAUAUUUAAAUAUCAGCUUCCCUAUACAGAUCUGUAAUUUUUUUUUCUCUCACUGAGUUUAUUGGUACUUUUUAAGUAUACAGUACA